AUACCUACAACACUUCGUCGCUUAUCCAAACACAAAAACAUAGAAGACAUGACCAACCUACAUUCAAUUUUAUUUUUAUUUUCAUUCUUUCUUUUCACCCAACAACAAUGGUGUCUACAACCAUUACCAGCUGUUGAAGAUGGUUUCGUUCGCAUAAAUGGAACUCACUUCACUUUGAAAGGUGCACCAUUCUACGCAAAUGGAUUCAAUGCUUACUGGCUAAUGGACGUGGCCUCAAACCCGUGUCAGAGAUCCAAAGUUAUGUCAGCAUUCCGCGAAGCUGUUAGAAGUUCACUUGUGAUUGGGAGAACUUGGGCGUUUAGCGAUGGUGGUUCGAAUGCGUUGCAACCUUCACCUGGUGUUUACAAUGAAAAUAUGUUUCAGGGUCUGGAUUUUGUGAUAUCUGAGGGAGGUAAAUUUGGGGUUAAGCUGAUAUUGAGCCUCGUAAACAACUUUAAUGACUAUGGUGGGAAAGACCAAUAUGUGCAAUGGGCAAAAGAACUAGGACAACAAAUGCAAAAUGAAGAAAGUUUUUUUACCAAUCCCAUGGUUAAAAGUUUUUUCAAAAAUCACAUUAAGACAAUUCUUACAAGAAGAAAUACUAUUACCGGGGUUAUGUACAAAGACGACCCGACAAUAAUGGCUUGGGAGCUAAUGAACGAGCCUCGUUGUCUCUCCGAUAUCUCUGGUGCCACGAUUCAAAAUUGGACAUCAGAGAUGGCUUGUUACUUAAAAUCUAUAGAUGGAAAUCAUUUGCUAGAAGUCGGCUUAGAAGGGUUUUAUGGAACAUCUUUGUCUCAAAAGAACCCUAAUAAUUUACCUCAUGGAACUGAUUUCAUUGCUAAUAAUCAAAUCCUAGAAGUUGAUUUCGCGACAGUGCAUUCCUAUCCAGAUCAAUGGUUAUCUAAUCGAGACAAUUAUGUACAACUAGAUUUCUUGCAACAAUGGAUCCACGAUCAUAUUGAGGACGCACAAAAUAUUCUUAAAAAACCAGUUCUUUUUACGGAAUUUGGGAAAUCUUGGAGACAACCUGGUUACAAUGUUAGCCAAAAAGAUCAACUAUACAAUGUGGUAUAUUCAUCGAUCUAUAGAUCAGCACGCACAGGUGGUGUUGCCGUCGGAGGCUUGUUUUGGCAACAACUAGUACAUGGAAUGGACUCUUACAAAGACGGGUAUGAAGUGAUAUUAACCGAACCCUCAUCAACAGUUUCCUUGAUAUACCAACAAUCAAAAAAACUAAGUGCCACUCACAAGAGGUUUAUAGCUAAAAAAAAGACACAAAGCACCAAAAGCAAAGAGAUUGAUGCAAACAAAUUGGUUUAGAAGUGGAUUUCGUAAAAAAGUUUAUCACAUGAUCAUCAAACUUACAUUAUAAGAAAUGGGUUGCUCUUGAAAGAAAACAAUCCUUUUAAAAACGUACAGAUCCAUCAGCAGUCCUCCUGUGAAAGUGAUUCCAUUGAAUCGGUAAUACUUCAUCGAAAAACAUGACAUGGGUAAAGAAAUUGUGAAUGAUUUACUAACGAAGUUCACCAAGGAAUAACUAAUGGAGGGUAACAAUGGAGGAUAACAAUGACAACUUUCCUGGAGUCCGAACUAAUGUGUUUUACUCACAGCAUUACAAAUGACAUAGUUACUGACAUAUCACCAACAAGUUCUUAUCAGAUGAGAGAUACAUCUUUACCAACAGAACAUUGACACGAGGUUUAUUGAUGGAUUACUAACCGUUCUAUCAAGAAUAUCGAGGGCGUGUUUAGUCAUUCACCAAUGAUUUCUUUUGAAAAUUCUUCGGCUAUUAGGAUUUUUUUAUUAUAAAGAUUGUUAAAAUAAGUUUCAUAUAA